AGAUGGCCGGGGCAAACAAGGUCUGAGGCUCGGUUCCCUGAAACGUGACCAUGUGGAUCCAACAGCUUUUGGGACUCAGCUCCAUGUCCAUCCGCUGGCCCGGCCGCUCUCUCGGAAGCCAUGCCUGGAUACUGAUAGCCAUGCUGCAGCUUGCUGUGGACUUCCCGUCCUGUGACUCACUAGGCCCGGGCCCUGACUUCCGGCUCCUGUCACGUCCACAGAGGCCCCAGCGGCUGUGGAGUCUGCGAAGCGGACCCCCAACAAGGCUACCAACUCCAGCCUGGAGCCCCCGUGCUGCCCGAGCUGAACGUGCACACGGGCCCAUACAGAUGCAGACCCCUCGGGCUCGGAGGGCCCACAGGCCCAGGGACCAGGUAGCCACGCUGGGACCCAAAGGGGGACUCACCAAGCCCCCAGCUGCCACCAGGUCCAGCCCUUCCAUCACCUCUGCGUCAGCCUCAUCCUCCAUGGUGGCUGCUGGGGCCGCAGAGCAUAACGGCCUCCUCAGGCGGGGUAAGAGGCACACGCAUGAUAUGGAGUUCAACGAUUUUGACUUCCGUGGAGGCAGGCCCACGACAGAGACAGAAUUCAUAGCCUGGGGGCCUACGGGGGACGAGGAAGCCCUGGAGUCCAACACGUUCCCUGGUGGCUUUGGCCCCACCACGGUCUCCAUCUUGCAAACACGGAAGACAACUGUGGCCACCACCACCACCACCACGGCCAGCACAGCCACCGCCAUGACACUGCAGACUAAGGGGGUCACUGAGUCCCUGGAUCCCUGGAAAAGGACCCCUGUUGGGGUUAGCACAACGGAGCCUUCCACCACUCCCAGCAACAACGGGAAAGACAUCCAGCCACCCAGAAUCCUGGGGGAGACCUCAGGUCUGGCUGUGCAUCAGAUCAUCACCAUCACCGUCUCCCUCAUCAUGGUCAUCGCUGCACUCAUCACAACUCUUGUCUUAAAAAAUUGCUGCGCCCCAAGUGGGCACACCCGGAGGAACAGCCACCAGCGGAAGAUGAACCAGCAGGAGGAAAGCUGCCAGAACUUGACAGACUUCACCCCAGCCCGGGUACCCAGCAGCGUGGACAUCUUCACAGCCUAUAAUGAGACGCUGCAGUGUUCCCACGAGUGUGUCAGGGCAUCCGUGCCCGUGUAUGCCGAUGAGACGCUGCACUCGACCGGGGAGUUCAAGUCCACGUUCAAUGGAAAUCGAUCCUCCUCUGCAGACCGGCAUCUCAUCCCUGUGGCCUUUGUGUCUGAGAAAUGGUUUGAAAUCUCCUGCUGACUGGCCGAAGGCUUUUUACCUCCUGGGGGCAGGGCAGACGCCAUGUGUCUGUUUCAUGGAUUCCGUUGGUGAACUUGUACAAACAAAACAACAAAACAAAAAAUUAUAAAACCUAAAACUAAACUAUCUAAGGGGAGGGUCCCGCACCUGCCACUUCUCUUUGCCGGCGGGAAACUCAGCAGAGGAGGACACCCAAGGCCAAAUCUAUUUUUGUAAUAUUGCUCGUGCCUAGGGGCGCUCCCUUCUCCCAGAGUUUUCUUCGGAGAGCAGAAAGAAGACAUGCAAGACACGGACUGGAGACAGCAGAGAAAGCCAAGCAGAAGGACAGGAGACAGCUCCCAACGCCUGGGACUCGCACCACGAUUCUGAACCUGUGCCAAUAAUACCACUAUGUGCCAUGUAUUGACCCGGAAGCUCGGCAGGAGCCGAGCCCAGCGAACCACGCGGAGAAAUCUUACAGAGGACAGGGGUGGGGGAUCACUUCCGGUAGAGUCACUAUUUCUGGUUAAUAUACAUAUAUAAAUAUAUAAAUACCAACACACAGACACACACACUUUUUUUGUACUGUAGCAAUUUUUGAAGAUCUUCAAUGUUCCUUUUUAAAAAAAGAAUUGUGUUAUAGUCACAAAACUUGAUUUAUUUAACAUGCUUAGUAUGAACAGAAUAAACUCGUGUUUUGUACUUUGGCAACUCACAUCACACACAGCACACACACAUACCUGCACACACAAACAUACAAGCAUUUAAUAUGCAUAUAUUGGAGAAACAGUUCUGCAGGGGACCUGGUAUUUCAUCGCCAUUCAUCCAGGGAGACAGCCUCAACCCAGACGAUGAGGCCCUCACAUGACAUCUUUCAUCUGUCAGAUACUUGCCAAACGGCGCUCGGCGCGUGGCUUACACCUUGGGCCGGAGUUGAGAAUGCUGUGGUGUUCUCUGUAUGCGUCCACACACGGCCGGUGCUGCUUCUUCAUUUAACUGUCUGAAGAUGCUAACAGCCACAUGCGCCAUGUAGCCGACUGCCAACGAGUGAGCCUGACCACCAGGUUGGGUGGGUGGUGGAUUCUCGACCAUUUGUGUUAUACAAGCAUAGACUGAACUAAGGAAAUUUUCCAGUUCCAUAAUUAAAGGAAUAUA